UAAAGUUUUUCAAACUUAAAAUUCCAAAAAAAUAAAAAUAAAAAUCCGUCCGAUUUCGACAUUCAACAGAGAGGGCUAAACACUCACCUCUUUCUAUACUUUCCCCGUCCCGUUACCGUCUCCAAACUUCGUCCUAGACGAGAAUUCUUAAAAGAUAAAGAAAUUGUUAAAGCAGCCUUUAUACUCAAUCUACUGGGAUUUUUAUUGUAUUCAAUUAAGUAAAUUUUAAUCGAUAAUGCUUUCUGGGGUGAAGUUUAUUCCCCGAGAUGAAGUUGAUAAGGGGAAAGGUGAAAAUAGGAAUGAUUUUGUAGAGAAGAGGAAGGAAUCUGGUAGUAGAAGGGAAAAGAAUAGGAGGAAGAAGAAGAAGAUUUCGCGUCAUGAUAGCAAUUCUGAUGAUGAUCUUGAGAAAAUUAAGAAACGGUCUAAGAAGAGUAAGAAGUGGUACUCCUCGGAUGAGCAUUCGUCAGAAGAAUCAAGUGAUAGUGAGAGUGGUUCAGAUGGAAAGAGUAAUAGUAAGAGAAGAAAGAAAAAGAGAAAGAGUAGGAAACGUUUUUCAUCUGAUGAAUAUUCAUCAUUUUCUUCAGAAGGUGAGGCUCAAAGAGGAAGUGCGAAAGGCGGUAGGAAGAAGAGCAAGGAAAAACAGGGUAAAAUUGGUGAUGACUUCAGUGAUGGUGGCAGAGAAUCCCAUUCUAUAAAUAAAAUAGACAUUGCCAGGAAAGAAAUGGGCUUGGAUUGGAUGCUUAGGCCUGCAAAAGAUGUUGAGAGAAGGCCAACAGUUAGCGUUGAUCAUGACCUAGAGGAACCCCCUGCUGAAGAGAUAAUGAGAGUGAACCCUCGGGAGUUGAAUCCAUAUUUCAAGGAUAAUGGAAGUGGUUAUCCAGAUGAUGGAGUUGAGAGAAAAGUUGGUGGAGAUCAACUUCCUUCAUCUUCACUUAUCGGGGAUGGAGGUGCAAGCUGGAGGUUAAAAGCCUUAAAGCGUGCACAAGAGCAAGCAGCUCGGGAAGGAAGAAAGCUUGAAGAGAUUGUGGAAGAAAGAUGGGAUUCCCUUGGUCAAUUGGCUGUCUCUGCAGCAUCUCGAAUGGCUGCCCCAUCUCGUGCUCAUCUGCAUGCAAUAAAAAAUAGAAAGAAAGGAUUAACCGAGGAACAAGAUGCCAUGACAGAUGGUCAAAGUGGGAGAGAUAUUGGAAAGGUACUCGGCAUCUCACUGAAACCACUGAGUGCUGAUCGAGGCUACUUGAAGGAUGUAUCUCUCCGCCAUCCUGAAAUGCGAGCUCCAAAAGUCCAUAACACUUUGUCAUGGGGAAAACGAAAAGGUGAAAAUAUGUCUACAAAGGAUGCAGCCCUUGUUUCCGCUGCAGCAUCUAGCUUGAAUAAGUUUUCUGAUGAUGGAAGUUUUAUGAGCAAAAUUCUUGGUAAGCAGAAUAAGGAUGCUCGAAGUUCUGUUGGUUCCUAUUCAAACCAAGAGGAGAAUUUGGAGUCAAAAGUGACUUCACCUGAAAUGAACAAACCCGGUGAAGGCAGUCUGUUGGUUAAGGAAGCACUAAGUGCAAACCAAUUGGCAGCCAAGGCUUUGCAGCUUCGCAUGAAAGGAAAGCAUGAAGAAGCGGAGAAACUCAUGCAAGAAGCUGAGAGCAUCAAAGCAAAGCAGGGUGUUGGAGAGAAUUCAAAGAGACCUCUGAUAGUCAGUAGCACAAACAGAUCUGCUAUUCAAGGUGUUUCUGCCAGGAGAAAGGAAGAUGAAGAUGCUGAUAGGCAUCUUGCCCAAACAAUAAUGCAGAAUAAACAGUACAGUUUAUCUGGCCGGGCUGACGAUGAAUAUGAUUUUGAUGACGGCCCAAGGAGGAAGUCUGGUAGGAAGGGCAGAGACACUGAUCACAAGGUUGCUAACAAGAAUGAUCUUGCAAAGCGUAUCUUGACUCAGCAAGAACGCUGCCAUUUUUGCUUUGAGAAUCCAAACCGGCCAAAACAUCUUGUUGUGUCGAUAGCAAACUUCACAUAUUUGAUGUUGCCACAGUGGCAGCCCAUUGUGCCUGGCCACUGCUGCAUCCUGCCAAUGCAGCAUGACUCAGCCACAAGAAAUGUUGACAAUAAUGUGUGGGAAGAAAUUCGCAAUUUCAAGAAAUGCCUUAUAAUGAUGUUCUCCAAGCAAGAGAAGGAUUUAGUGUUUCUUGAAACAGUGAUCAACUUGUCACAACAACGGCGCCAUUGUUUGAUCGAGUGCAUUCCUUUGCCUCGACAAAUUGCUAAACAAGCCCCUCUAUAUUUUAAGAAGGCAAUCGAUGAAGCUGAAGAUGAGUGGAGUCAACACAAUGCAAAGAAGCUCAUUGAUACAAGUGAGAAAGGACUUCGUGGUUCAAUCCCCAAGGACUUUCCUUAUUUCCAUGUUGAGUUUGGUCUAAAUAAGGGGUUCGUCCAUGUUAUUGAUGACGAGAAAAACUUUAAAAGCAGCCUUGGCUUGAAUGUUUUAAGGGGAAUGUUGCGUUUACCUGAGGAGGACAUGUACCGGCACCGGAGGCAUGAAUCAGUGGAGGUGCAAAAACUGGCCGUUGCAAAAUUUGCUCAAGAUUGGGAACCAUUUGACUGGACGAAACAACUCUGAAUAAUUUUCUGGCAAACUGCUUUUUGUUGGCCUCACUCUUUAGAUCUUCCAUAUUCUAUAGCUGGGAGCUCUGCAUGUUCGCAAAGACCGCUCCGUAGAAACAAGCAUUUGGAUAGUCCAUCAGAUUUGACAGCCAAUCCUCGAAGCUAAAAGUCAGGACAAGACGAGCGUCCUGCCAGCAGCUGAUGACACCACUUGUGCUAAUUUUCAGAACUUCUGGCUGGAUUUAAAAAUGCCGUGACAAGGUUCUAGUCAAGUUAA